UCACUAUUAGGUAUUAGCCUAAAACCUCCAUUUCUUCCUUCCCUCCUCCCUCUUUUCCAAAAUGUACAGACUAAUAGGUUUGACCAUCCUGCUCACCAUCGCCAUGGCCGUCACAACCCCAUUCGCCCAAGCCCAACAACCAUCGGUCAGCUGGGCCAAACGGCUCGACUCGGGAACCGGCCCGGACACCGUAACCAACCUCCAGUUCUACUUCCACGACACCCCCAGCGGCAGCAACCCGACCGCCGUCCAGGUCGUCAAGCCCGUGGCCACCGCGUCCGACUCCAACUCCUUCUUCGGCGCCGUCGUGAUGGUCGACGACCCGCUGACGGAGACAUCCGACGCGGGCUCGAUGCUCGUGGGCCGGGCCCAAGGGAUGUACACCUUCUCGAGCCAGAACGAGUCCGCGAUCAUCAUGUCCAUGAGCUUGGGCUUCACGGACGGGCCUUACAACGGCAGCUCACUGAGCGUGAUGGGUAAAAACAUGGUCAUGAACCCGACCCGGGAGCUUCCCGUGCUGGGCGGCACGGGGAUGUUCAGGAUGGCGCGUGGGUAUGCGGUGUUGAAGACGGUGACGUUUAACACCACGAGCGGAGAUGCUGUUGUGAAUUAUAACGUUACGGUGUAUACUCCGGCUACCGGUGAAAAUGGACAAGCCUCGUCGGCGUUGAGUUCUUCUUCUUCUUCCCCGAGGAUGAUGAUGCGUGGGAGGUGGUGGAUGGUUGGCGCUGCGAUUGCAGCGGCCGCAUUUCUUUGAUUUGUUUUAACACUCACUUAUGAGAAAUUAUGAUUUUCACAUUAUUAUAAUUCUGUUGUUGGCUUCAAUAUUUGAACAUAAUGUGUGAUGAUUUUAUCAUCUAUACAUAUUAUUAAUUAUUGGAUGAAAAAGUAUAUAUUGAACUCUUUGGUCUAAUAAAAAAAAAAAAAAUUAUGUGUAGGAUUAUUGCAAGUUAAUAAAUAUGUACUCCAAUUAUUUUCUCUUUGUUGUCUUUAUUUUAUAAUGCGUUUAUUUGUGUUUAGUAGAUAGAAUAUAAACUACAUGGACUUAAAUUUACAUUAGAAGGCUGUUUGUGAUGUAUUUUCUUUUUCUUUUAAUGUGUUGCACGACAGGGUGAUUACUAACCACUACGUAAUUAAAGCAUCAUUCUUUUUAAGGAGAAGAAAAAUAUUGUCCAAUGAUGAACAUGAGGAGCACCACUUUCAUUCAGCCUUCCGAAUGUAAUAUUAUUUUGUUCUUGAUACGGAUUUAGUAUCUAAUUUUGGUAUUUAAUGUUGAUAUCAGUAGCUAAUCCGUCAUCACAAGUAAUCGUACAAAGUGGCAAAUGAUUGUAUACAAAGUAAAUUUCUAGUCCGUAAUGUUGUUUAUAUGUAAUCGUUGAUGCUUGCUGCCUACCAAAGUACCAAACACAAUUGUGCGGGUCGGGUAUCUCAAUACUCAUGCCCUGUCCCAUGCUAGUGUGAGGCGGGACAGAUAAAACCCAUGUGAGUACAAGGUGGGGUGGGUUGACCCACCCUUAAAUGUUAUUUUAAAAAAAUACAUGUAAAGUUUACUUUUUACGAUUAAAAUGAAGAGGAAAACACUUUAUAAAUGAAAUAUAGUUAUAAUAGAAUGUGUAAUUGAGACUAACAAGUUAACAGAUCGAGUCUAACUAGUUGAAGAAAUGUCAAAAUAUGAGAAAUUUGUAUAGAUAUCGUGAAAUAUUGAGCUAGAAUGAGCCAAGAACGGAAUGAAGCGGGACAAGUCAAAUCGGAAGUAGAUACUCAUGACCCGUCCCACACUACUGCGAGUUGGGUAAUACCCGUCCUAUCGCGGAUCAGCACAGGUAGUACCGACGGAACAAGUUCAAAUUGCCAUUAUUCAACAUAUUUUAAUGUAGGGUAUUGUAAUUUAUAUUCAAAAAGAAAAGAAGGGGUGGGCCAAAUGUCGCAGUAAAGUAAAGCCCAACUUUGUAGAAUACUAUUAUGGGCAUUUCUUGUUUCUGUGCAGUCCAGCAAACUGUUAUGACUUGCUAACAAACAGAACCUGUCAUUUCAAGAAAAAUGUCAAGAUUAGGUACGAUCUUUCUCAUGUUCAUUUCAAUGGCGGUCUCAACCAACAUCACCAACAUCCAGUUAAACGACCUCACCGGCGGGAAAACAAGAUGGCGGUUCAGAGCGUCGAGCCGGUCUCCUCCGUAACAUCCUCCAAGCUCCAGCAGCUUCUUCGGGUCGGUAAUUACGAUGGCCGACGAUGCGCUGACCGUGAGCUCCGGAAUUGCUGUUGUGCAUUAUCAUGUCACGGCGGUCCAUGCACCGGCUUCCAAUCCCACCGCACCAAAAUCUCCGUCCGGUGGCCGCAGCGGUGGAGCGACUCCGGCGGCCACUAACGCGUUAAGUUCCUCUACUUCUUCUUCCUCGACGAGAUGGUGCGUGGGAGGUCGAGCGUGAUAAUAUGAAAAGUACAAUAUUAAACUCUUUGGUCUAAAGAGGCAAUUAGAUAGAUUUUCUAAUAUAUCCAGAAUUUUUACGGUGGUUUUUAAGUCUGGUGAACGUUUUUUUUUUUUGCUUCUUUAUAUGUUGAACACUUUGUAUGAUAAUCUUACAAUUAUUGUUGUUGCAAGUUAAUAAAUAUAUCCUUCAAAAACUU